AUGGCGGCGAUGGAGAAGGCGCAGUCGGAGAGGGCGCUCGUUCAGCCACGCGCGCCGCCAACCGGUCUCGGCGACUACCGCAGUGGGCUAGGCAGCAGUGCUACGACGGUGCUGCCGCUGGCUGCGCCGCGGCACCUGGUCAGCAGCGAGGCGCUCGAGGGGGACUGUCGCCGCUGCAUGCUGGCACUCGAAGGGGCGAUCCAGGGCGAUCUCCGCGCGAAGCGCGCAGCGCUGGCGGACGCUGCUCGCGCCGUCGAGGCCAACAUGGAGGAGGUGAGCCGCGCUGCCGCAGCGGUGCAGGCGGAGACGGAGAUGGACGCCGCCGGCGCAACAGAGCGGCUGCAGGCGGCUGCGCGCUCAAAGCUGGCGCUUCUCGGCCAGCAGCUGUCCGCCGUCGUGCUCGACCUCGAGGCGAUCGACAUAUUCGUGUCUGACGCGCGGGCGGCCCGCCUCGCCGCCAAGCAAGUGCCCGCCAUCGAGCGCGUGCCGUUCGACGACCUGCCGCGCGAGGCGGCGGCGCGUGCCGCACGGCUGCAGCGCGCCGAGGAGCUCGAGUCGCUCGAGGGCCGCGCGCAGGAGGCGUCUGCGUCUGCGUUUGCCGACGAGACGGCUGCGGCGAGGGCGCACGCCGAGGCCCUCCGUGCUGGCGCAGAGACGGAGCUCAGCCGGUGGGCGGCUCGCCGCGAGGCGGCGGCACAGGAGCGAUCCGCGAUCGAGCACGCCGCGGCAGCGGCGGCGGCCGUGGCGGAGCAGCACGCGGCGCGCUCGGAGGCUGCGCGUGCACGAGCGGCGCUCGUCGCGCAUGCCGAGCAGUUGCGCGCCCAGUUGUCGAUGCUCGUGCCGCUACCACUGGACGGUGCCCCUCGGGAGGCCGGGGCUGUCGCCACGGCGCAACCGCGCGUGGCGGCGGCGACGGCCUGGCGCCAAUCUCCAGCGAGCGCGUCGCUCGACUGA